CACAACGUCAAGGCAUGCGUAUAACCUCACAAAUGAAUAAACAUUGAGUAAAAAUUUAUUUAUUUGAACUAGAAAACAAUAAACAAGUGAGAAUGGACGAUUUACAAUUGAAUAUUUCUUCUGUUAAAAAGACCAAUAAGAGUAAAAAAGUUACUGUGCAACUAAACAAAGCUUCGGAAUACAAAUUCAUAUCAAAACCAGUGGUCGGUGGUAAAAUUAUUGCUAGAAAAAGACCACAAAAUGCUCAUAGUAAGUUUUCUAUGGCAAGGCCAGAUGAGCCAAAACAAAAGGUGCCUAGAUUAAACGAAGCACCUGUUACAAAGUCUAAUGACUUAGAGACAAAACUAAGAGAUCUUAGUGAAAACAAAGGAAAGUUUAAAGAUAAAAACUAUCAAGAAAUUGUUGACGACUUACAAGUAAAGCAAAAACCUCGAAGCGGAGGAUGGAUUUCAUCCUUAUUUAAAAAUAAUCCUGAUGUACCUAGAAUAGGUCAGAAAGCUGUAAAACCAAUUGUAGAGAAAGUAUUUACUGUUCAGACAUUCUCAGAAUUGGAUCUUCACCCUCACAGCAUUGCCAACUUAAAUCAGAAUUUGAACUUAAAGCAACUUAUGACAGUGCAACAAAACUCUAUACCAGUUAUACUACAGGGUAGAGAUGUUUUAAUUAGGUCUCAAACUGGCUCAGGAAAAACAUUGGCAUAUGCUUUACCAAUCAUAGAGGGACUUCAGGCGAUUAGGCCAAAAAUAAACAGACAUGAUGGCAUCAGAGUUAUUGUUGUAGUACCAACAAGAGAGUUAGCGGUUCAGACAUAUGAACUAUUUGUGAAAUUAGUUAAGCCUUUUAUCUGGAUUGUACCUGGUCUUCUUAGCGGUGGACAAAAGAGGAAAGCUGAGAAAGCCAGAUUAAGGAAGGGACUUAGCAUAUUAGUAGGCACGCCGGGCAGAAUAAAUGAUCAUUUGAGACACACACAUUCCUUAAACUUUGCUAAAACUGGUUGUCUAGUCCUGGAUGAAGCAGAUCGUCUUUUAGAUAUGGGAUAUGAAAAAGAUGUAGCAGCAAUUGUAAAAUCUAUAGAGGAUCAUAAAAAGGCAGCAACAUAUGACCCAAUAGCACUUAUGAGACAAUCUGUUAACAAAAACAUUUCAAAAGAUGAGACUGAGAAUGCAUCAACAGAACACACAGAAGAAAAUCAAGUGAAACAUCAUUUAACAGAAGUUUUUCUUUCAAAGAAUAGACAAACAAUUUUACUAUCAGCAACACUCACAAAGGCAGUAGAAAAUUUAGCCGGAAUAACUAUGCAGGAUCCAGUUUUUGUUGAUACUUCAGAAGGAAAAAUACUUGUAGCAGAUUCAUUGAAACCAAUCGGAGAUGUAAAUAAAAUAGAUGAAAAAGCCAGCAAUAAAAAAAAUAAAAACAAACCAGAGACAGCAUCUCCAGAAAAACCUAAAGUUAUGGCAUCACAAGAAGUAGAGAAAAUUGUAACUAAUAAUGUUUCACCUACUAAUAUUGAAACAAGAAGAGGUUUAAUAGCUUUCUCAGGGAUAAAUAUAGAAGAUCAACAGAAAGAUGUUAAAGACAAGAAAGAUGUUUCAAAUAAAGUUGCCAGUAAAAGAAAACUUGACAGUGAUAGUGAUUCAGAUUAUGAAUAUUUUAAAGUACAGAAAGAAUUGGAAGCAAAUAAACCGAAGAUAGUGGAAGAAGUGAAAGAAAAGGAGAAUAACAAAGAUGAAAGACCUGUUAAAAAGGAGAAUGUAUUUGAAGAAGCAGUAAAAUCAGCAGUUGUUGAUGAUGAAUUAGUUCUACCAGCUACAGUGAAUCAAAAGUUUUUGAUCGUUCCAAUGAAAUUACGACUUGUAACACUUUGUUCUCUUAUUGUUGAACAUUGUUAUUUGGACAAGAAAUGUGGUAAAAUGAUAGUGUUUAUGGCAACCACAGAAAUGGUCGAUUAUCAUUCUGAAUUGUUAGAAACUGUGUUGACGGGAAAAGAGGCGAAAGUCAAAAAGAAAGAAGAUAAGAAGACAAAAGCAAAUAAGCAAAAAACGAAAGGAAAAGGUGAUGAGGAUUCCUCGGAAUCAUCGGGAAAUUCUGAUUCUGAAUUUGAAAUGGAAUAUGAGGCGCCAGAAGAAGGCGGUUUGGUGCCGAUUGAUUUGGACGUGUUCAGUUUACACGGCUCCAUGCCGCACGAGCGACGGAUGGAGGUCUUCAAACAAUUCAGAGCAGCUAAACGAGGAUUAUUAAUAUGUACUGACGUGGCUGCUCGAGGCCUGGACGUACCGCGUGUGGACCUCGUACUGCAGUACUGCGCUCCGGCCUCUGCCACCGACUACGUGCAUAGGGUGGGUCGCACGGGGCGCGCGGCGCAGGUCGGAGCCGCUGUCCUGAUGCUGCUACCUAACGAAGCAGAAUUCGUAAGACAUUUGGAGCAGAAGAGAAUCAGGCUGAGGCAAGCAGACGAAUCAUUAUUAGCGUAUACAUCCUGGGUCCGUUUCUACUCGGCGUACCCGCGCGAGGUCCGCGUGUGGCUGGACGCUCGCCAGCUGCACCUGGGACACGCGGCGAAGGCGUUCGCGCUGCGCGAGACCCCCGCCGCCUUGGCGAGGAGAGCCAAGUCAGACCCCAAAUUUAAAAAGGACAAACCGGUCAAUCGGUUGACAGUGCACGAAGACGAAGAAAAGAAACGACCAGGGUUCCCUAAGGUGAAGGCUGGCCUUAAGAUAUUUAGCAAUAAGGUUGUCAACAAGCAGAGCUCUAUGCACACGGCUUGCGAGUUUGACAACGGCCUGCCUCCUAUUGACACUUACAACUUUAAGAAAAAAAAUAAAAAUAAGCGAAAUUAAAUUGUUUAAGAUACAACGUUAUAUAAAAAUGUUUAUUAAAU